AUAUAUUAGACGAAUAAUGGCUAAGAUGAUGAUAAUAUUUAGUUAAGACUACUCGUUAGAAUUAUUGAUAUUGAUGACUUAAAAGAAAAAAAGAACUGUGCUUGGAAUUUCACAGAUUUAUUUAUUUUUAUGAAAAAAAGUCUAGGUAUAUUUUUCGUAAAAAAAAAAGAAAGACAUGGUUAGCAAAAUAAACUGACUGUAAACUGCCAAUUAUCGUCAAUCGUAGAGGAACAUAGUAUAACGUACUUACUAAAAGAAAUUUAGACGAACUAAAAUUGUACAAAAAGUGAGUUGUUAAAUUAUUCCUAAUUUUAUGUUUGGGCCGACACGAGUACGAGUAACUACGUAAAUAAUAUUUUACAUUAUCUAUCUUCGCAAUUUAUUGCUAUUUGUUGUAACAGCCAACUUUGAGAUGAUUUGCUAUUUGAUACAAAUAUUGAAGUAGGAAUUGGAACAUAAAUAUUGGCCAAACUGUUUUUGGAUGCAUUUAAUUACGUGUCUAUGUUAAGUAGAAAUUUAACCUUAUUUGUUUACGAAUGAAAAAAUAUUUUUCAUAGCUUAUAGAUUAUGUAGGUGAAAACCGAUGCUAUCUUGUUCCGAUAGGUAUAAUUUUGACAAUUUUGACGUAAUGAUUUUCUAGUGACUUUACUAUUUAUAUUUAUUAAUCAGUGUUAGAUUUAAUUUAAAAUUAACACGAUCUCUCUGAAUUCGUGUGAUAUGCAAAUUCCAAGUUAAAAUGGGCGACGGCUUAAAGUUAACAAAAGAUAAGCGUCACAGGAGCUCUAGCAGUCUCGCUGGAGUUAUAUUGGAAGGAACGCAGUCUGAAAGAAAACUGGAUAUAAGGGUCUCAAUACCUGAAGUAGACGACCAGUUUGCUGUAGCAGAAGCGCGAUGCGACGAUUUACAGGAAAAAAUCGAUAUGGUCAAAUCGUUAAAAAGAAAAAGAAAACUUAAAAAGCGGAGCAUGACGCGAUUAAUUGAUCCACCAGCAAUUGCAGAAACAGUUCCUUUCGUAACAAUUCGGACACAACCUAAAAAAACCUUGAUGGUUACAGAGGUGUCACAGCAAGCUACCAGGCUGCGACAACUGGAUAUCCCACAGAACCCCACGCGAGGUUAUUUGGACCCCGCCACUGUGGAGCAGCACCAUAUGAUUGGUCAAAUGCACGGCUACGACCGGACAUAUAGACCGCAGCAGGAACAGACUAUUAUAAAACAGUCCGUUAUAGAUCAGAAAACAGCGACGAAGCCACAUGUGCGUCGUGCCCGCGCCGAUGGCGAUUAUACGAACGUGUUGAAAGACACUUGCGGUCAGAGAGUGCAGUACCGGUACAAUGCGCCCCUAGAAGUGGCCUGUGGGGACGACGAGCUCGCCGAUUACUCCGAUAACGACAUCAUUGAAGAACAUAACGAUGCACUUUCGGCAAUGAAUAAGAGACUGAUGGUACCUCAGCAACGUUAUCAAGUGAAAUCUUCAUCCGUCUGUCAUCGAAGACACGUACCUCGUGAACAAAAAGAAGCAGGUACAAAGUGGUCAAAUGAAAACGCCGAAGACUCUCGAGAAACAUGGCGGGCCUCCUCUUCACCUGUUUACCGCCGUCGACAGAAUAAGAACAGAACGCUACAAAACAAUGCGCCUGCGCCGGUACCAGAGGAAAGGCCGGUGGUAGAAUUAUUCAGUAAAGCCGGCUACCGAAGUAGCCCAUCCCCAGAUGCUCAUUUACAAUACGCACCUACUGACAAGAAAAACAAACGAACUCGAGAACCUCAGCCGUAUGAAGAUCAAACCACUGGCCCUUUAGAAAAUGUAAUGUCAAUAGCGACAAAGAAGGCACAAGAGUACAGACACCCCAGACGGGUGAAGUACCGCAGCCGACGGUACGAGUUGCCCACCGUCGCGUCGCAAAUGAAACAAGCCGGCAUGAGGUACUCCUAUGGAAACGCAAAUCACACCAACAUACCGUUCGUGGUCAGCAAGAGUACAGCACCCUCGCACAACAUCGGCGUCAAUAUACAACAGGUCUUAAAUGGUAUAAAGGUACAGCAACCAUUGUCUGGUAUACCCCUCACGAUAGCUCACCACAUGGGUUUGGGUCACAUUCCUUUUUACGAUUCAAAAAGUACAACAGUGCAACCAUCACUGGACAACCAUGAGAUAAAUGCAAUCAAGGUUGGUCGGCGUAUACUCCGGUUACCCUCAUACAAAUAUAUGUCAUACAAUCGACUGCUCACUCUGUACCGCGAGGGUGACGGUAUGGUGUCGAGGUUUCUGCGCGCAAUAUCUCGACCGCACUACUUCUACACUUCUAUGUACAACAGUCUAAACACUAAUCGGGAGGACUUAGACGGAGCGACGUCGAAGGGUCGUGCCGGUAGUCAAGAGGCUAAACAGAGUCUCGCGGAGUACGCAACUUUGUAUCGAGAAUAUGAACAUAUAGAGAAAUGUAUCAAAGAAGGGAACUGCGAACCGGAAUUGGAGCGGCGUAAAGAGGAACUAUCAAGAGAAAUGGCUGCCCGCGAGGAUUAUAUAAGAAGAGUUGUGCAAGAAUAUAGAUCAUCUGCAGAAAUUGAUCAGUCGGUACUGAGAGCAUCCGCUUCCACUGCCGAAGAUGGCUACCGACACUCUACUUUCAAACUGAAUCUUGGUGAAAGACAACAGUAACGGCAGCAAGACCUGUCGCAUCGCAAAAUUCAAUAUGGCCAUUUUAAAUCGAAUGUUGGACGAGUGCUACGCAAUAAUAUGCUCGUUAUAAAUAAUUUAACAAAUCGAGGUUUGAUGCCCAAAAUUAUUGUCCACACGGUUGCCCCUGCAUUACCUUCGAACGCCUCUCAAAAUGUAAGCGUCGCCUUCCUUACUCUGUUAGCCUUAGCUUGGUAAGGAAAUGUAGUCGUGUCUAAUUUUGAACUUCUUUACAGUAGAUUAUUAUUACUACCAUGAUUCAUAUCGUGUCCGAUUCCUUGCUACAGAAUAUGAGACGAUACGACGAAUUAUAUACUAAUGUAUGUUCAUCAUUGCCCCGUCUGUAUUUGGCCAACUUCGUAAAGUUAUUCAUGUUUGUCCAAUACGAAUGUUAAUAGUAAUAUAAAAAGUUUAAACACA